AUGGCACGGAAACGUGCUCCGUCAAACGUGUCCAUGACCUCGGAGCCAGCCCGAGACCAGGAGCUCGGGGGCAUGUACGACUACCUCGCAAAGGUGAUACUGCUGGGUCCUAGUGGAUGUGGAAAGUCUUGUUUACUGCACCGCUUCGUAAAGAAUGAGUGGCGAAUACUAUCCUCUCAGACUAUCGGCGUUGAGUUCGCCUCAAAGAUUGUCAAGAUCGGCACAGGCACACGUAGAAAACGGAUAAAACUGCAGCUCUGGGAUACGGCAGGUACUGAACGCUUCCGGUCCGUCUCACGGUCUUACUAUCGCGGCGCCGCUGGUGCCAUCCUCGUCUACGACGUCUCUUCGAUCGCCUCCUUCCAAGCCCUCCCAACCUUUCUUAACGAUGCACGCGCUCUGGCAUCUCCAGAUCUUACUGUUAUCUUGGCUGGUAACAAGGCAGAUAUAGAAAAUGAAAGUGUAGAUCCGCUGCCUCCCCACACGCCUUCGAGCUUGUCCUCGAAAUCGUCAUCAAUGUAUUUGAACGACAAUUACUCAGCAUCGUCACCCACACCAAGAACACCGAAGGUAUCGAGAAGUUACUCUGGUCUGGGAACACAAUCUACAAUGAGUACUGCGCCAUACGGUCGCGAGGUCCCCGUCGAGACUGCUUCGCGAUGGGCAGGAUCACCCGCGGUGUCUAUACCAGUAUGUGUGGAAGUCAGUGCCUACACUGCAGAUGGGGUGGAUGAGCUAUUCAAUAGACUGGCUCGGAUGAUAUUGACAAAGAUUGAGCUAGGAGAGAUUGAUCCAGAUGAUCCAGCGAGUGGAAUACAAUACGGCGACAGUGGGGGAUUCUGGGGAGAAGAUGGAGGGAGCAUAAAGAGUGGAACAAGCAUGAGCUUCGACGAUGGAGGCACGCGGAGAAGAAGGAGGAAAGGGAAGCAGGGGACGGUUUCCUUGGGCGACUGGGGAGAUGUCUUUAGGAGGCCAAGAAGAGGUGGAUGCUGUUGA